AAUCAGCUGAUGGGACGCGCGCCAAAUAGGUUUAAUUUCUGUGAAAGGAAAUCUCUCUUUGUGUGAAUUUGAAGCCCCAGUUUUUGGCUCCAGACUCGACGGUGCUUAUAACUUUUCCACAAUGAGUACCUGCGAGGAUUCAGCCUUCUUCACAGCCUCCCUAGAAGAGGAUGCUGAUCAGACACUGGUCUCUGCGGACGGCAUCUCUGCAGGGACGUCUGGGGCUUGGGAUUCCGGUGACUCAGCUGCUCCAGACCUCUCCAGCAAGUCAGAUAUGAUCAACGGUAAUAAAUCUGACGCAGGAGACAGCAACAACAAGUCCGAUAUAAUCAAUGGCAAUAAAUCUGACGCAGGAGACAGCAUCAACAAGUCCGAUAUAAUCAACGGCAAUAAAUCUGACGCUGGAGACAGCAUCAACAAGUCCGAUAUAAUCAACGGCAAUAAAUGUGACGCAGGAGACAGCAUCAACAAGUCCAAUAUAAUCAAUGGCAAUAAAUCUGACGCAGGAGACAGCAACAACAAGUCCGAUAUAAUCAACGGCAAUAAAUCUGACGCUGGAGACAGCAACAACAAGUCCGAUAUAAUCAACGGCAAUAAAUCUGACGCAGGAGACAGCAACAACAAGUCCGAUAUAAUCAAUGGCAAUAAAUCUGACGCAGGAGACAGCAACAACAAGUCCGAUAUAAUCAAUGGCAAUAAAUCUGACGCAGGAGACAGCAACAACAAGUCCGAUAUAAUCAACGGCAAUAAAUCUGACGCAGGAGACAGCAACAACAAGUCUGAUACAAACAAUAGCAAAAACAAAUCAAACCUCAGCAGCAGCAGUAAGUCAGGCAAAAGCAGCAGCAACAAGUCAAACACAAGUAACGGGAGCAACAAGUCAAACCUCGGCAGCAGCAGUAAGCCAGAGGUAAACCACAGCAAAAAGGCGGACGUGAAUGGCGUUAGCAGGUCAGGGAGCAGCAGCUUGGCCAGGAAGAAGGAUGCUGCCAGCGUAAGCAAUGAGCGGGUCAAGAAGAAGCCCCCCUUGCGAGUGGUCCAGUCCCGCUUCAAGGCGGCUGCAGCUGCAGCAAAGAACAACAGUGGGAACAGCAGCAGCGGCAGCAGGAAUGGGUCGAACAACAGCAGCAGCCUGGGCAGUCCCAGUAGUAGGAACGGCUGCCUGAACACCACCCUUGUUGGCGGGUCCUCGACUUUCGUUGCUGGGAACAAGGGACCCACCAAGGGGAGGCCAGUCAGAGCAUCCAUGGCACCAGCAGCGAGUGGGCCAAUCAGCCGCUCAACAGUAAAUAUUGCAAAGACAGGGGUCUUGCCCAGUCGUGCCACAAAUAAGUCUAGUCCACGUACGCAGGUCAGCCAGUCAGCAACUAAUAUUGCAAGCCACGGGCCCACAGGGAUGACACGGCCUUCAAAACCCAUGGCUGUGCGAGCUAACAGACACAAGCUGCAUUCCACAGUCCUCAAUGCAACAGUCCUUGGGGACAAAACACACAAGGAGGACUCAAGUAAUGUUUUUAGCACAACGCUGGUAGGUGGAAUGGCACCAGGUGGUCGUAACCUAGAUUUGACGUGUGUGACCUUGCCUGAGCUCCCUGACAUAUCCGCUAUUAGACUGGACAGUGUGAGCAAUGAGAACAGGAGUGGUGACACUACUGUUUUGUCGUCUGUCAGUGAAAAAGACUCCACGCAAGACAGCAAUGACUGCAGCAUGCAUGAAGUAACAGCAGAGGAACUGGAGCUGGAAUACCUGCGUUAUAUGCAGUGGACGCAAGUGAACCUUUCCAGCAAGAGUGUCUUCCAAGAUCAGAUCAAGGAUGCCGAGACACAAAUAAUGUUCUUGGAGCAGCUGAUCAGUGAGAAACAGAAGGAGCUGAGUGAGCGCAGGCAGAUGACUGAGAUAGUUGUUCACCACCAGCAUGUUGCAGAGGCAAGGCAGAACCAAACAGAGUUACUUCAGAGGCUCAUCGAUGCCCUUCCAGCCAGUGAAGAAGCCAUGCAGACAAUGAGCCGAGAAUUAGAAAAAUCUCUACACCAGGUUAAGAUGGAUAACCUCUAUGUACCCGAGAACCACAAGCAGUACCGAGAUCAACUGUCAGAUGCUUUGACCGACCAAGUUUCCCUUCUGAAAGACUUGGAGAGCCUGUUAGAUACCCGUUCUAACCACCUUCAGUCAACCAUCAGCCUUCUGGGAGAACUGCAAAACACAACACAUCGCAUACAACAGUGUGAGAAUGAAGUCCACAAGGCAGCCAGACUCUCAGUCCAGGAGGCAUCACUGCAGAUUGGUGCCACACAGACCCAAGGGAAUGGAACUUCAUCCCACGAUGAUGACAGCUUCAAUUUGGUGAUUUCUGCUUAAUGACCAAACCCAUAAACAGAACCAAAUAUCACAUCUAAAAUAUUGUUUAGGGUGGUUAAGAAUGAGCCCUUCAGCCAUCUUUGUUGGUUAUAUAUACUCUUGUGUAUUAUUGUUAUUUUUUCUUUUAUUUAAUGUGAGGUAAUGAUGCAUAACUAUUGCUGCUUUUAGAUGCAUUGCUUUGCUUUUGUCACAACUGGAAAUAUUUUUUUCAUGCACAGGGCUCUACAAUUGCUACAACAGAGUAAUGUAAAGCAAUCAGCUUUAGACCUGGCUUUUGUUAUGCUGAUACAAGAUUUAUGAAUAGAAAUUAUUCUUGAAAAUACUGACAGUGGCAGGAAAACUCAAGGUACAACAAUAGUUAGUAUAUAGUGGCUUUUUCUACCAUAAUAUCAGCAUCAACAUUCUUUACAGACUGCUUUCAAGGGGAGUUUUGUUGCUUUGGUUGGGAACAAUAAUAAUGAUUGCUCAUCAGGCCAGGUAUUCAUUUGAAAUCAGUAAGAUAAUAUGGAAAAGUGCAGCUCAGGAAACCCUUUUCUGCAGUUUGACAUGAUCCAAAACAGUGUGUUAAAUUAAUGUGUGUGCAUUGACCAUACUGUAUGUCAGUGCACAUGUGGUUUGGCUUACUUGUCUCUCAACAGUAAGGAAAUAGGUUUCCAGUUUUGCAUUAGGUUGAUCUGUCAGAUUUGGAAAUGCAAAAUCAUUGUCUUAAAAUGUGAUAUGUAUGCAUUUUGUGCAUAUAGUGACCUGACAAUCAGACGCAAAAGCUAACAUAAACAAGUGUUACGCAUUCCAUGUUACCGAAAUUCUUCGCAGAAAAAAUAUUAUAUGAGAGAAAUAAUGAAUGAAACAUAAGGGUUUCAAAUAAUAUAUUUUUGCAACUUGACAAGAGAGCUGAGUAUAUAUUUUUCUUCAUUUGUAGAUAAGACAUUUUGCUCAAAUGGAAGAAGUAUUUUUCAACAUUCUUGUUUGUCUAUAUUUUUAAUAUGUAAAAAAACUAUUCUUAUUACCUUCUCUGCUUUCGCUUUCCAUCCUCACAUUCACAGUAUAUAGAAUCAUUCCAUAGAAUUAUGUUUAUAUGAAACUAAUAACUGUCUUUGGAAUUAUGUGCGAGCAUAGUUGUUAUAAUAAGAAAAAAAAAUAAAAUACUUGUUGAAAAGGUGUGUUUCAAUAAUCAUGUUUUGUUUCCGAAGAUGAUUGCAGUUUAAAUGAUUCUUAGACUAUAUUUGCAUUAAUGUAUGUGAUGUAAACUAUGAUGUUAACUUGUGAUGUGGCUGUUU